UCCGUAGAGUCACUAGAAUACCAAAUUGGAAACUUAACCAAUAUUUUUCUUGACAAUAUCGCGUGUAUACCGUCACACUUGUUGCGACUGAGAGCGUACGUGCACAGACGUACAGCAGUACGUAUGAAAGCAACGAACGAACGACGAAUAUUUUUACUUUGACACAACUGCAGUACGUUGUUAUACGUUGUGGUCGUCGUGUGCGCCAGCGUCAGGGAGCCGGCCGGCCUCAUUCAAUCGCAUUGCUUACCACAGAAUAAAUAGCGUUGUAUCGCGCUAUCCGCCAGCGUUUUUGUGUACACGUAUACGUUAGACCGGUGCCAGUAUCAAACUAUUCUACUUGGAGCGAAUAGCAGCGCAAAAUAAAACACAAUAAUUUGUAAGUUGUUGUCAGUGGGUGGUACAUUUGUGAAGUAUAAUAUGGUUAGCAAAAGUGCAAGUCGGCUUCUACAGUGCCUUACAGAACAUAGUUCUUUGGUCCGAAAUUAUGGAACGGCAAAACGUGUUGUUGCUUCAAAGCCAGUUGUGGAAAUGGAUGGAGAUGAGAUGACUCGUAUUAUAUGGGAAAAAAUUAAGGAGAAAUUAAUCUUUCCAUAUGUUAAGUUGGAUUGCUUGUACUAUGACUUGGGUCUGCCGCACAGAGACGCUACCAACGAUCAGGUGACCAUAGACGCAGCGCACGCCAUCCUCAAGCACAAUGUUGGCAUCAAGUGCGCCACCAUUACUCCCGACGAACAAAGAGUUGAAGAGUUCAAAUUAAAGAAGAUGUGGCUGAGCCCUAACGGGACGAUCCGUAACAUCCUGGGUGGCACAGUGUUCCGUGAGCCCAUCCUGUGCAAAAGUAUUCCGCGCGUGGUGCCAGGCUGGACCAACGCCAUCAUCAUCGGCAGGCACGCGCACGGCGACCAGUACAAGGCUCAGGACUUUGUCGUGCCACAGCCCGGCAAGGUGGAGUUGGUAUACACGAAAGCAGACGGCACGACGGAGAGGCGUUUGUUAUUCGACUUCAAAUCACCCGGAGUAGUACAGGGCAUGUACAACACAGACGAAUCCAUAAAGUCCUUUGCGCAUUCUAGUUUUCAAGUAGCGUUACAAAAGAAGUGGCCGCUGUAUCUCUCCACAAAGAAUACUAUUCUUAAGCACUAUGAUGGUCGGUUCAAGGAUAUUUUCCAAGAAAUAUAUGAGAGCACGUACAAGAAGCAGUUCGAGGAGGCGAAGAUCUGGUACGAGCACCGGCUGAUAGAUGAUAUGGUGGCGCAGGCCAUCAAGAGCUCCGGCGGCUUCGUGUGGGCCUGCAAGAACUACGACGGUGACGUGCAGUCCGAUGUUGUCGCACAGGGUUACGGUUCUCUGGGCAUGAUGACGUCAGUGCUGAUGUGUCCGGACGGACGCACCGUGGAGUCUGAGGCGGCGCACGGCACAGUGACGCGCCACUACCGCCAGCACCAGCAGGGCAAGCCCACCUCCACCAACCCAGUCGCCUCAAUCUACGCCUGGACUCGUGGCCUCAUACACCGCGCCAAGCUCGACGAUACGCCACAACUGGAGCGCUUCGCUCUCGCACUAGAAGAGGCGUGCGUCGAAUGUAUCGACAGUGGCAAAAUGACGAAGGACUUGGUUAUCUGCAUCCACGGUGUGGCCAACACCAAGGAAGGCAUGUACCUCCACACUGAGGACUUCCUGCAAGCCAUCGCGGACCAACUUGAACAUAAGUUAUCUAAGUAGACAACAAUAAUAUGUCACUUUUAAACAUAUUUAAAUUCAAUUUUUUUAUUCGUGCACAAUUUAGUCACAAUUUUUUAAAUAAAAUAUAGUUAUUUUAGAGAUUUAGUGAUAUAAGUAAAGCAGGGAAAUAAAAAAUUAUAUUUAACAAGAAAAAAAAGGUUCUAAU